AUGCUUUGCCGACUCUCGAGGCUGGCGCUAGCCGCCAGCAUCCUCUCCCUCUCCUCCACCGCGGCCGCCCUCUCCGCCUCCGACAUCCCCUCCGACACCCCCAUCCAGGCCCUCCUCAACCAGGCCCAGCACUACCUCUCCCAGGGUGCCGUCCCCGACGCCCUGGUCUACUAUGAUGCCGCCAUCGCCCGUGACCCUGACGACUACCUGACCUAUUUCAAACGCGCCACCACCUAUCUCUCACUCGGGCGCCUCUCUCAGGCCGCCAGCGACUUCCAACGCUGCCUCGAGCUGCGGCCCGGCUUUGAGGGUGCCCACCUGCAACUGGGCAAGCUGAAGGCGCGAAACGCCGACUGGGCUGGCGCCAAGGAGCAGUACCUCCAGGCCAAUGCAGGCGGCACCUCAUCGUCCGAACUGGAGGAACUGCUCGAGGCCCAGGGCGCCGCGAAGCUGGCCGAGGCGGCCGCGGAGGGAAACAAUUGGGACGAGUGCAUCGACCAGGCGAGUGUGGCCAUCAAGGUUGCGAGCCGCGCCGUCUCGCUGCGAGAGCUGCGAUCGAGGUGUCGCUUCGCCAAGGGCGAGAUCGCGGGAGGAAUCGGCGACCUACACCAUGUCCUCAAUCUACGGCCCGGCGACACCAGCCCGCACAUCAAGAUCUCCGCCACCAAUUUCUACGCGAUGGACGACCUCGAGCAGGGCAUGGCGCAGGUCAGGAAAUGCCUGCACUCCGACCCAGACUCCAAGGUCUGCAGGAACCUACUAAAGGAAGAGAAAGCCGUCAACAAGACGCUGGCCAAGGUCGAAAAAGCCCUCGAGAGGGAGCAGCCUGUGACCGCUACGAGGUUGCUGACGCCAUCGGGCGAGGAUCUGGGUCUCAUCAAGGAGGUCACAGAGCAGAUCGCUCGCCUGCGGCAGGAUGGAUUUAUUCCUGAGCACGCGCCCUCACAUCUCAUCACGAGGCUGGUGGGGUUGGCAUGUCAAGGCUACUACGAGGCGAAUAACAAGAAGGCAAAGGAGUACUGUACUGAAUCCCUUGCGAUGGACGAGAGUUCUUUCUACGGGCUCCUCCAUCGCGCCAGAGAGCAACAGGAGUCCGAGGAAUACGAGGCCGCGGUUCGCACACUCGAGAAGGCAGGCGAGGUCCGGCCCGACAAGAAGCAGGCCGUCGUGGAUAAACUCCUCCGCGAGGCCCAGACCGAGCUGCGCCGGUCCAAGAACAAGGACUACUACAAAGUCCUGGGUGUGGCCCGCGACGCCGACGAGAGGCAAAUCAAGUCCGCCUACCGCAAGCUGACGGUCCAAUACCACCCGGACAAGGCCCACAAGAACCACGUCACCAAGGAGGAGGCCGAGAAAAAGAUGGCCCAGAUUAACGAGGCCUACGAGGUCCUGAGCGACCCAGAGCUGCGCGCGAGGUUCGACCGCGGCGAUGACCCCAACUCUCAGGAGCGCCAGCACCCGUACGCGCAAGGUGGCAACCCCUUCGGCGGCGGGAUGCCCUUCAUGUUCCAGCAGGGCGGCCAGCAGUUCCAGUUCAAGUUUGGUGGUGGCGGGUCGCCGUUCGGCUAAAUGUUUUUUGUCUUCUCUUCUUUUCAGGUUGAUUCAUUCGUGUUGGCGCAUUGCAAGGCGUUUUCUUCUUGUUGCCUUUUAUGAGUGGUGUCUGGUGGAAUCGGACGGAGUUUCAGGUGCUGCAAAGACGCGAGAAAUGGACAUGCGCAUGCAAAGAGAGGUAGGCGUUUUGUGAUAGCCAGAGAGACAAGAGGAAAGAGGUAGUUGGUAAGCAUUAAUGGAUUACCUACCCAAACUCCAAAAUAACACUUCAAAUCUUACCAC